CUGUCAUGGCUGAAAAAAGGAAUGUUUUAGGGCUACCUCUGCUGUUUUUAUUAAUAACUGUCACUCUUUUGCAUUUAUUCCUUUGUCCGUUCACUAAAGUUGAGGAGAGCUUUAAUUUACAAGCGGCGCACGACAUUCUGUAUCACAGACUUAACUUUGAGAAGUAUGACCAUCUUGAGUUUCCCGGCGUGGUUCCUCGGACGUUCCUUGGCCCCCUGUUUCUCUCCGUGCUCUGUUCCCCUGCUGUCUUCCUCUCCUCUCUGCUGGAUGCACCCAAAUUCUACACCCAGCUGAUGGUCCGAGCUUCCCUGGGCGUGUGUGUGGUCGGUGCUCUGUGGAACAUGCAGAGGGAGGUGAGGAGGCAGUUUGGCUCCACAGUUGCGGGGCUCUUCUGUCUGACGUGUGCUUCUCAGUUUCACCUAAUGUUCUACAGCACCAGGACUCUGCCUAAUGUAUUUGCACUGCCAAUAGUUCUGGUAGCGUUCACAUCUUGGAUGGCUCAGAAAUACAGCCGGUUCAUCAGCCUCUCAGCUUUGGUCAUCAUCGUGUUCCGGUCAGAGCUCUGCAUCUUCCUGGGUCUCAUGUUACUGAUAUCACUGUUGAGCAGGAAGCUGGGUCUGCUGCAGCUGCUGUACUACGCUGUUCCUGCUGGGGUCCUGUCACUGGCUCUGACGGUGGCUAUUGACUCUUUCUUUUGGAGGAAGUUGUUGUGGCCUGAAGGUCAGGUUUUGUGGUACAACGCUAUUCUCAACAAGAGUUCCGACUGGGGAACCUCUCCCUUUCUGUGGUACUUUUACUCCGCUGUGCCCCGCGCUCUGGGCUGCACGCUGCUCUUCGUCCCCCUCGGCCUCCUCGACAGGCGGAUGAGGUUCCUGCUGCUCCCCACCGUCGGCUUCAUCCUCCUCUACUCGCUGCUGCCCCACAAGGAGCUGCGCUUCAUCAUAUACACUUUCCCCGUGCUCAGCCUGGUGGCUGCCCGAGGCUGCUCCUUCAUUUUGUGUAACUACCAGAAGUCCUGGAUGUAUAAAGUGGGCUCUGCGGUGGUCGUCGGCCAGCUAUUGACCAACGCAGCGUACUCCGGCUUAAGCCUCUACGUCUCCCACCACAACUACCCAGGGGGCCGAGCGCUGCAGGAACUGCACCGGUUGAUGCCAGGCGCCGCAGAUGUCUUUGUUCACAUCGACACCUAUGCUGCUGAAACCGGAGUCUCUCGCUUCUUAGAGCAGAACAGAAACUGGAGAUAUGACAAACGUGAGGACCUGAGCCUCACACAUCCUGACAUCAAAAUGUACACACACCUGCUGAUGGAGGCUAAUGUCACCAAAAUACAGCAACUCCAGGACACUCACCAGCCUCUGACCUUCAUUGAAGGUUACAGCAACAUUGCCUUCAACAUGUUUCACUUCCCACCUGUCACCGUGCGGUUAGAGAGAAAAACUGUGCUCAUGGAGAGAAACACUGCAACCGGACGACUUGGUAACUAAAUGACCAAAGAAUAGGACUAAAGAUGACCAAAACAAGUGUUCUCAAAGGUUAUAUUUAGAGACAUAUGUUGCACUACACUGUCUUAGAUCAUGUUUAAAUAGUUAUCUCUUGUUUUGCUGAUGUAUAAUGCAUUACAUUUCUCAUGAAUAAUUUGUAUAUAAAUAAAGCUGAAACUGAGUGAA